UGGGACACAGACCCACGCCAGCUACCUGCUAUGGGCGGCAAGUAGCCUAGCGGUUAAGAGCGUUGGGCCAGUAACCGAAAGGUCGCUGGUUUGAAUCCCAAAAUAUGGCGAUAUGCCCUUGAGUAAGGCACUUAACCCUAAUUACUCCUGUAAGUCGCUCUGGAUAAGAGUGUCUGUUAAAUGACGUCAGUGUAAAUGCUAUGGACCUGCACAUCACAACUGGAAAUGUGAAAAUAGAUAUAGGGUUUUGUCCAUAGUUGUCUUCCUGUCAGCUAACCUGUUAGAUGUAAUGACCGAUGCAGGUGAAAGGUGGGGAAAUUAAGAUUGUUUUGGGCUUGUUUUGUUGUCUGCAAGCAGGAUUUGGUUUCAAUGGACUGUAUGUAUUCUGUAAGGGUUUGGGAUGAUCAAAGUAAAUGUCAUACUUCUCGGUAUCCUCCAGUCAUCACUCCUUAACACAUUUCACGGAUGUUUAUUUUCUCUCAACAUUUCACAGAAGGUUUUAAUGGUUAACACAGCGUGACAAACAUCGAUGAGGUUUCUCUCAUGCUUGUUUUGAGGUUUGAAGUGCAGGUGGCUGUAUCGAUGCUGCUUUGGACACACUGAAGCAAAACACAGGAUUUGCUGAAAUUACGCAAACAGUCUCUAAGCCUUUCACCUAUAUGCUAAAGUCUUCUCCACACCCAAUGGUAAUGUAUUGCCUGCUAUUAGCCUCAAGAGUAAUUGCAUUGUCAUCUUAUGAGGAGUUUGUUGGUAUCUUCCUGAUCAAAGUCUGUGAUAUAUAUGGAACACUUAAACAACACAAUGUAACUCCAAGUCAAUCACACUUCUGUGAAAUCAAACUUUCCACUUAGGAAGCAACACUGAUUGACAAUAAAGGAGGCCACACACACACACUACCUAGCCUCAUUUUAACUUGUUUUAAGGACAUUACAUCAAAGUUGGAUCAGCCUGUAGUGUGGUUUUGAGUUUGACUCCAAAUCCAGACCUCCAUGGGUUGAUAAAGUUAUAUAUAUAUAUGGUGAAGCAAUAGGGUACUGUAGUUUUAUGCACUGUUACAUAAUUGCCUAUGGGGCAAGACCCAGGCACUCUGCCAUGUGGCUAUAAAGGUUUGUGUGCAUGUGUGUUAGGGAUGUGCACCCUUAUUCGAAUAUCCAAACGCUGGUAUUAAAAUACUUGUGAGUAUCAUUUUUAGGGAGGGGAUAAUUAUACACCUAUUUUCAAGUUGGCACAUGCACAAGUACAGUGAAAUUCUUAACAGUAAUAGACAAAAAAUAAACCCAACAUGUAAAGUAGUGGUCCCAUGUUCCAUGAGGUGAAAUAAAAGUUCCCAGAAAAUGUUCAUACGCACAAAAAGCUUAUUUCUCUCAAAUUCUGUGAACAAAUUUGUUUACAUCCCUGUUAGUGAGCAUUACUCAUUUGCCAACAUAAUCCAUCCACCUGACAGGUGUUGCAUAUCAAGAAACUGAUUAAACAGCAGGAUGACGUUUCAAAUGAUUAAUUUAAUAAAACAAACUUUUUUUUAGUUUUAAUGACGUGUGACCUCAGAGCCUUCAUGUAUGUGUAACUUGUUUUAUGUUGGCCAAUCAAAGCGUUGAUCUGUAGCAAGUGGAGAGAUAGAGAACUCACUAAUGCAAUGUAAGAUGUAAUACAAUUAUGGCAUUAAAAGUGAGCAAAAUGAGAAGUAGUAGACUUUUGGUGUGUAAUCAAGACUAUCACUAUCAAAUGCAUCAUCAAGUGAAGUUAGGAGGCUGUAGAUUGCAGAACAAAGCAGCAAGGAUUGUUUUAAGGUGGAGAUAUGGUUCUUCUGUUGCAGUCAUGUGCAAUGUUCUUGGUUGGUCAUCAAUCGAUAAGAUAAUUGAAAGGAACAUGCUUAUUUUAUUUAAUAAUAUACAUAAUUUAAAACGGCCACAUCUAGCCCAAAAGGGGAGUUAAAAAAAAUACUUAGUGGUUGUCUAAGCCCCUGAGCGUGUCUUUAAAGGGAUACUGCAAGAUUCUGUCAAUUAAGCAGUUUUCAGUAAGGUCAUGUUGACACUAGUGUCAACCCUAAACCUGGGUCCUUUUAAGUAGGAGUGAAACACUUUGAAAUGGAAAACUAAAAUGUACAUUCUUAUUGGACAAGUUUAGGUAGAACCUCCCCCUUUUUUUAAAAAACGAGUAAAAUUACCAUAAACCUGCUGAGUGGUCCAGUCUGUCCAUCCGUCAACCUGUGUGUCUGUCCCCCUCCCUCAGUGUGUUUCGGGGCAACCAUCAAGAGGCUCUGGGGCUCCACUUCAGCAUGUUCCUCCCCACCCUGUACACCCAGUGUAACAAGGAGCAGUUCAAGAAGUGGGUCCCCCUGGCCGAGUCCUUCAAGGCCAUGGGCACCUACGCCCAGACAGAGUUGGGGCACGGCACCCACCUCAGGGGGCUUGAAACCACGGCAACAUAUGACCCGGCCACCCAGGAGUUUGUCCUGAACAGCCCGACCAUCACCUCCAUCAAGUGGUGGCCUGGGGGACUGGGUAAGACGUCUAACCACGCCAUAGUUCUGGCCCAGCUCCACACCCAGGGGAAGUGUCAUGGCCUGCACGCCUUCAUCGUACCUCUCCGCAGUAUGAACACACACAUACCACUGCCAGGUGUGGUGGUAGGGGACAUAGGACCCAAGUUUGGCUUUGAUGAGGUUGACAAUGGUUACCUGAAAUUGGAGAAUGUACGAAUUCCUCGCGAACACAUGCUGAUGAAAUAUGCCAAGGUGGAGGCAGACGGUACGUACGUGAAGCCUCCCAGUGCCAAGCUGACCUACGGCACCAUGGUGUUCAUCAGGUCCAUGAUCGUAGGGGAAGCGGGCAGCGCCCUCGCCAAGUCCUGCACUAUCGCCAUCCGCUACAGUUCCGUACGGCACCAGUCUGAGAUACGCCCAGGAGAGCCGGAGCCCCAGAUUAUGGACUACCAGACCCAACAGUACAAGCUGUUCCCCCUGCUGGCUACAGCCUAUGCCUACAAAUUUGUGGGUCAGUACAUGAACCAGGUCUACCACCGCAUCACUGGAGACAUCAGCCAGGGAGACUUCAGUGAACUACCAGAGCUCCAUGCCCUGUCCGCGGGCCUGAAGGCCUUCACCACAUGGACGGCCAGUGAGGGCAUCGAGGUGUGUCGCAUGGCGUGUGGCGGGCACGGUUACUCCCGCUGCAGCGCCCUCCCAGACAUCUAUGUUAACUUCGUGGCCACGUGCACCUACGAGGGAGAGAACACCGUCAUGAUGCUGCAGACCGCCAGGUUCUUGAUAAAGAGCUACCAGCAGGUGUCGGCAGGCCACCAGCUGAGUGGCAUUGUGUCCUACCUGAACGAGUCAGAGCGUAGACUGCAGCCCCAGUCUGUGUCCUCCCGACCCACUGUACUCAACGUCAAUGACCUGGCCAGCCUUGUGGAGGCUUACAAACUGCGAGCUGCCAAGCUGGUUGAGGUGGCAGCUAAGAGUAUUCAGCAGGAGCUACAGAAGAGAGUCAGUCAGGAGGAUGCCUGGAACAACAGCGCUAUAGACCUGGUCAGAGCCUCUAAUGCCCACUGUCACUAUGUGGUGGUGAAGCUGUUUGCAGCUAAGCUGGGGGAGAUAGGAGACAUGGGGGUUCACUCUGUCCUCAGCACCCUGGCCCUGCUCUAUGCCCUCCAGGGCAUCCAACAGCACAGUGGAGACUUCCUCCAGACUGGUCUCCUGAGUGUGCCCCAGCUCUCCCAGGUGUCCCAGCGUCUGAAGGAGCUUCUGGCCCAGCUGAGGCCCAACGCCGUGGCCCUGGUGGACGCCUUCGACUACUGCGACGAAAUGCUCAACUCCGUCCUGGGACGCUACGACGGCAAUGUCUAUGAGCACAUGUUCGAGUGGGCCCGCCGCUCACCUCUCAACAAGACAGAGGUCCACGAAUCCUACCACAAGUACCUGAAACCUCUGCAGGCCAAGCUGUAAGAUGACCCCUGAGCCUUCUCACCUGACCCCUCCACUACAAGGACGGGAAGCACACUAACAACACCAAUCCAGCAGUGGCACCACAACAUGGCCGCUGCCCGUCCACCAAUCGGAAGGGGCUCAUUCCACCCACAGGUGGUGGAACAUUUUUAAAGGGGAACCAUUGGAGACCAGCCUCCUUACCCCACCUCUACUGAUGUGCUGCUAAUGAAUCAAUCAUUCUACUGGACGUAUUAAACUAGUACUUUAGUUAAUGAGUUUGAUAUACCCUGUGCCUAGUUAAUGGAUUUAAUCGAAGGUCUGAGAAAACAUAAGAUGGAGAGGAAGCAAAACUGUAGUUCGCAUGCGAGGUGGCCUAAAUAUGAAGGGGUUUUAAUGACUGAUCCUUGUGAUCUAAUCAAGCUCUUUGGAUCAUGUACAUUGCAAAGCUCUCGAUUUGUUGAGAUAUGUUGAAUCCCAUUUUUAAUCUGGAUCAUUUCUGAUCAUGCAUGUGACAGCAAUUGACGCUAAUGUACUGUGGAUGGUUGUCUUUGGUAGUGAUUGACGGGGCAGUUGUCGUUUGCAAUGAGCAACGGUGUGCCUGUCUCUUGUCUAGGUGUGAGAGAGUUUGGUUGUGGGGUAAUGAAUAUGAUUAGUGAAUAACGAGUUGAUGAGUAAGCUAUACCAGUGUGUGAUUCUGAUACUAGUGAUUUGAGAAAAGGGGCCUUUCAAUUCUUGCACUUAAUACAAACCACUAGUGUAUAUAUGCCUGAGGAUGUUUUCUACCAUGUGGGGCUUAAUUACCAAGAAAUGACAUGAAAAUCAAACUUUCUUGAAGAACAAGGUUGUAUUCAUUAUGGCACACUGUGGUAAAACGUCUUGCAAUGGAAAUAAAAAAAGAGGUUCUUUAUAGGACAAGUCCAGAUAGUCCCCCCCCAUCUGUUUGUCAGUUUUCUUUCGUUUGGUGCCUGUUGAAUACAACCCCGAUGCUGCAUUCGGAACAAGUACAUUCUUCAGUACAAUGAAAUAAGUAUUUUUAUACUCGAUUACUGCUGUUGACUUUUACAGUAUGUUGCAGAUUGAUGCAUGAUUGAAACAGUUUGUGGGGAAAUUAUGUGCCAUCGGAAUUUGUCUUACUGUAAUGAAGCUAACAUGGUAGUAUUAUCACACAUGCUCCAUGCAUAUAUUUUUGAUUUUAGAAUAGGCUUUAUCAAUUUAUUUUGUGCAUUUUCGUUGCAAUAGGAGGAUGUAUGAUUAUUUCAAUGUAGCUACCGAAUUUUUGUUAUAACACAAUUUGUGAUAGUAUAGGAAAUCCAUUCAGACUGAUUGUUUUAAAAGUGAAUAAUUUGUCAUGCUUAAUGAUUUUAGUAAAAACAAAAAUGGAAAUGUUAAAAAAUAUCGAUUGAUGUUCAUGGUUUCCUUUAACAUAGUUUCAUAGACUGCCAGAAGCAACCACUAGAUGGUGUUAUGAAAUCAGACUUUUCCCUAAAUCAGAGCCAUGUGUUUUCAUAACAUUUUUACAUUUUAUUUCAGUGGAAUAGAUUUACAGAACCAAUUCUACAAAUGGAUGGAGGAUAAAGGAUUGAGUGUAAUAAUUCAUAACAUUAUGAAGAGACUAUAUUAGCACAUUAGAUUAUAACACUGCAAUGCAUCUGAUUCAGAAAAUUUUACCUUUUUAGGAAAUGAACCUGUACUUUUACAAUAAAUCAAUGCAUUCUAUUUAAAACCUUU